CCGGCAAGAGUCUCGAUAAGUGUAUCCGGAAAGUGAAAGUGCAUGUGUGGCAUACACCCUUCUGUUCCAACUCCCCAUCACCUCUCUUCUCCUAUUUCUCCGUUUCAACAUUUUCACUCCAACUCUUCUUCUUCUUCGUCUCUGUCUCUUCCAUCAUCAUCAUCAUCAUCAUCAUCAUCAUCCUCUUCAAUGGCUUCUUCCUCUCUUCGCCUCCACAAUCUCCUCUCUUCUCCACUCAUACCUCGAUCAUCAUUCUCACUCUCUUCCACUGGACCUUCCUUUCCGGCUAUUCCUUCUUCUACUCCUUUCCUUUCCUCUCCUCGAAUUCUUUCCCUCAAGGCAUCUUCCUCUUCUUCUUCUUCUUCUUCUUCCUCUUUCUCUCCUUCACUUGUUGCCGAGUCUCAAGGUAUCAAGAUUGAUUUGAUUCCGACCACCCCGAUUGAAGGUCAGAAAACUGGAACCAGUGGUCUCCGGAAGAAGGUGAAAGUAUUUCAGCAGGAAAAUUACCUUGCGAAUUGGAUCCAGGCAUUGUUUAAUUCCUUGCCUCCGGAUGAUUAUGAAAAUGGGCUGUUGGUUUUAGGAGGCGAUGGCCGUUAUUUUAAUAAAGAAGCAGCUCAGAUUAUCAUCAAAAUUGCUGCAGGGAAUGGCGUCGGGAAAAUAUUGGUUGGACAGGAAGGUAUUUUGUCCACGCCAGCGGUCUCUGCUGUAAUACGAAAGAGGCAGGCCAAUGGAGGAUUUAUAAUGAGUGCAAGCCACAAUCCAGGUGGGCCUGAAUAUGACUGGGGUAUUAAGUUUAAUUAUAGCAGUGGGCAGCCUGCACCUGAAUCAAUUACAGACAAAAUAUAUGGAAACACUCUUUCUAUCUCUGAAAUAAAAUUUGCCGAUAUUCCUGAUGUUGACCUCUCACGCCUUGGAGAAAUCAAGUACGGGAACUUCAGUGUUGAAGUUGUAGAUCCUGUUUCUGACUAUUUGGAGCUGAUGGAGAAUGUAUUUGAUUUCCCACUCAUAAGAAGUUUGCUUUCACGUUCAGAUUUCAGGUUUGUAUUUGAUGCCAUGCAUGCAGUAACUGGUGCUUAUGCAAAACCAAUUUUUGUGGACAAGUUAGGAGCGAGUCUGGACUCAAUUUCUAAUGGAGUGCCUCUAGAAGAUUUUGGGCAUGGACAUCCAGAUCCUAAUCUUACAUAUGCUAAGGAUUUGGUCAACAUUUUGUUCAGUGAAGAUGGACCUGAUUUCGGUGCUGCUAGUGAUGGAGAUGGUGAUAGAAACAUGAUAUUGGGCAAAAAUUUUUUUGUUACUCCUUCAGACUCUGUUGCAGUUAUUGCAGCUAAUGCACAGGAAGCAAUUCCAUAUUUCAAGAAUGGUCCUAAGGGGUUAGCUCGUUCAAUGCCAACAAGUGGAGCACUUGAUCGUGUAGCUGACAAGCUCAAUCUACCAUUUUUCGAGGUUCCUACUGGUUGGAAAUUCUUUGGUAACCUUAUGGAUGCAGGGAAAUUGUCGAUAUGCGGGGAGGAGAGUUUUGGAACAGGUUCCGAUCAUAUCCGUGAGAAGGAUGGCAUAUGGGCUGUGCUGGCCUGGCUUUCCAUUAUUGCAUUCCGAAACAAAGACAAGAAAGUUGGGGAGAAGUUGAUCUCAGUUUCAGAUGUAGUGAGGGAACACUGGGCUAUUUAUGGAAGGAACUUCUUUUCAAGAUAUGACUAUGAAGAAUGUGAGUCUGAAGGUGCUAAUAAGAUGAUAAAUCACCUCAGAGAUCUCAUCAGUAAGAGCAAGUCUGGUGACAAGUACGGAAGUUAUGUCCUCCAAUUUGCAGAUGACUUCUCGUAUACCGACCCUGUUGAUGGAAGUGUGGCAUCAAAGCAAGGAGUCCGUUUUGUUUUUUCAGAUGGAUCAAGGAUAAUAUACCGUUUAUCUGGAACUGGCUCAGCAGGGGCUACUGUAAGAAUAUACAUUGAGCAGUUUGAACCGGACAUUUCUAAACAUGAUGUGGAUGCCCAAAUAUCUCUAAAACCAUUGAUAGAUUUGGCACUAUCUUUGUCCAAGCUGGAGGAGUUCACUGGGAGGGAGAAACCAACAGUCAUCACCUAAGCGGACAAGCUCAUAGUCUAUAGACUGGCCUAGAUCCACUAGACGGAGGUCUGCCUUUCAACCCUUGCCCUGCCUUAGGGUCAUGCUUGCUUAUAUUUAAAUUUUAGUUGAUUUUAUUUAAUUUUAGUCUGCAGAAUAAAUAGCUCACUCAUGUAAAAUUUGACAGUUAACAUCAACAUCAGAAAUAAAUAAUAUUUUCCAUUCUCAUUA